AUGAAAUUGAUGAAUAUCGAUGUGGUGACUUUCCAUGCUUGCGUUUACAAGGUGAUGGAGGAUCCUAACUGGGAAAUACGGUAUCAAGGCCUUGAUAAUCUCUAUGGUUUAUUUACAAAAAUGGAUGUGGCCUUUCAAACAAAAUGGCUUUCUCUCCUCUCACAUUUGGGACCUGUAUUUAGUUCCUUCGUCGUAUGUCUUUGGGAUAAAGAAGAAAAAGUAAGAUCCAAAGCUUUGGCCCUUAUCCGAACUUUUGGUAUGCUUCAUCUUCGCUCUGCUUUUCGAUGUUGGGAGGCAUAUUUUUUGACAGCCACAGAUCAACAACGACGACCACUACUCAACUCGAUGAUUCAGCUUAAUUCUAUGUUCCCAGAUUGGCAAGUACUUCAAUGGGAAUCAUUAUUAGAAGCUCUGGAGGCAAAUCUACCAAACAACAACUCUACCGAUGGCAUUGAUAUUUUAGAUCAAUAUGCUCGACCUAAGAAGGAUAUGACAAGGGUACAAACAACCGCAAAUGAUGAUGUUGAUCAACGUGAAAUACUAGAAGUGGACAACAAUAAAGUACUUAUGAUGUCUCUAGCACUCCAAAUGCUUAGUCAUCAUCAAAGUAUUGACCUGGUGCAAAUGUCUCGGCUCAAACUAUUAUUGGUGGUAAAUAUGGGUUUCGACAAUUGUCAACGAUUCAAUGCAGCGAAUAGUGGUGAAUGGGUGGUUACUUUUGGUGUCAUGCACUUCGAUCCGGAUGACGCACAACAAUCGGCGAUGAUGACUAACUGUACUCGUGGACUCAAAAAAGUGAUGGAUAGUUUUGCACCUCUUCCUGCAGAAACGGUUGCGACAAUGGCUCCCGAGGUACUGGAAAGAAAUAAACUCAAGUUGGCUGAAAACAGUAGUCCUGGUGUACAUUUCAUUGAUGUGGCAUUGAAAUUAUUUACUUCUGGAACGAAAUUGACUUCUUUGAAUCAUAUUAUUCUUAAAUCUUGGUUGGAAACAAUAUUGAUUGUUGUUUACAAGCACAAUAUAUUGGAUAGGAAUUACGAACAUAGUAUUAUCAAUUGUAUGAAACAAAUCAUUGAUCUUAUUACCAAGGAUAUCAGUGAAGAAAACAAGUUGUUGAUCUUGGAGAUCUUGAAAUGUCUUUUACGGAAAUCGGAUCAUUUGACAGCCAUGGUCUUAUCCAAGCAAAUCCUGGCUUUAGGCAAACUUAUGACCAAAUGUGGGAAACGAACAUCUGAACCUGUGUUUUUAAAAGCCAAACAAUUUCUCAAAUCUGCCUUUUUACGUUUUGCAGUGGCUGGCUUGUUUGUACUCUUGUUCAAGAAUCAAACUGUAUCAGAAACGAAUAAUAAUGAUGUGGAUCUUUUCUAUAUCCUUCGAACGGUGAUUGAUCCUGAAGAUAUAGUACCUGAUGAAGAACAACCUCAUGUCGUGUAUCUACUAGAUCAACCUGUGAUUGAUGUUUUGGACAAGCUAUUAAAGCAACAAAUGGAUCGCAAAUCCUUCUCUACUGUUCUUUACAACAUGAGCAAAUAUGUGGAAACCGUACAUUCUCAUCCUUAUCCUGAAACUGUACUGAAUGAUUAUGCCGAUUUUCUGAAUUUACUCGUCAAGUAUACGACGGGUUGGAGACGAUCUGAUUGGGAUAUCAAUUCAUUAUUCACCAUGUCUUCAAUAUUACUGAUGGAACAUCCAUAUCAUUUUCAGAUUCUUCUUCCUGCUAUACAUGUACUCUUUAGACAUGGUUUACGUCAUUGUAAUAUUCAACCAGAAUGUGUAGUGAACCUGAUGGCUGCAUACUCAUCUAUUGCUACUAUUCCUGGUACUCCUUCUGAAAAUAUAUUUGUUGAAAUGAUAUUGGAAGAAAUUCGAUUGGGAUUGACUAUCAAGCAGAAGUUACAUAAGGAUACGCUAUUGACGCUAUUACAAUUGGUACUUUGGGAUUCGGAUGAAAGCUACAGUCAAUGGUAUACAGCAAUUGAAAAUACAUACUUGGGAGAACUACCUGCAGGGAGAAAACGACAAACUUACUUUGUCAACAAACUAGAUGGGCAACUGGAUAUCAUGGUUCAAUUUUUGAAACUAUCAUCAAGUACGGAUCAUUUUACUCGCAAAGAUUUCAAAACUUACAAUACAGUGGCGCAUAUUCUUGUAUGGAUGUGUAACAAGGAUCAAAAUAAUUUACACUGCCUGCAAUUCCUGAACUGGUUUAUACUCUGUCUUCUACGGAAUAAAUGUGAUUUUCUUUUGGAAUUAAUGGCUAGUGUAGAGGAUGUAAUGACGGAAUUACUUGUUCAGAUCUUCAACUCGGUGCAAAUAAAUUUUGAUCAACCUGACCCUGGAUUCUCUUAUAGUGCCUCUGGUGAAGCUUUGGUAUUAUGUUUUUUGACCCUGAAGACCUGGACUCUGUUGACGUCAAGGACUAUGCAUCUAGCCGUACUGCAAAAACAAGUAUCGCCUACUACAACUACUGCUGGUGAGGGUGAUCGUCCUUCGUUUUGGGUUUCUGUGUGGCCAUCUAUCAGUCGACUUUUGUGUUCUAUUGAUCCCGUGAAUACUGUUCACAACAAUGAUGACAAUAAUAUUAAUAAUAAUAAUGACGACAAGGAUGAUGAUGACGAUGAUAACGAUGACAAUAACGAAAGAAAAGAAGAUGAUGAUGAUACGAUUCCAUUGGUAGAUUUUAAACAACAAGCAGAACGGAUUCGACGUAUGUUCAACAUUCCACCUAUCGAGGUACCUGCAGUUACCCUCAUCGAUCAAUUAUAUCUGGAACUAAAGGAUAUCAUGCGAUUACAAUCAGCCACAACAACAUAUCAGGACCAAUGGAAUACAACAGCCGUCUCAGUGUCAAGCAUAUAUAGUUUAUGA